AUGAGUGUCAAGGUGGCUGUCAGAGUCAGACCCUUCAAUGAUAGGGAGAAACAGAAGAAUCCUAAGUGUUGUAUAAAAAUGCAAGGACCCAGUACAUUAAUCACUGACCCUAAAACCGGCAAGGAUCGGACCUUUACCUUCGAUUAUUCCUUCUGGUCCCAUGAUGGAUUCACAGAGGAAGCAGAUGGACUCCUUGUUCCUUCCGGUACUCAAUAUGAUGAUCAGGAGAAGGUUUACAAUCAACUUGGUAAGGAAGUCCUUGACAAUGCCUGGGAUGGAUACCAUUGCUGUCUCUUCGCUUACGGUCAAACAGGUAGUGGCAAAAGUUAUUCUAUGAUUGGAUAUGGAGCUAACAAAGGUAUUGUUCCUAAAGCUAUGAAUGAAGUUUUUGAAAGAAUGAAAGCAACCACCACUAAAGAUAAAUGGUAUGAGGUUAGUGUCAGUAUGCUUGAAAUUUACAAUGAGUGUGUCCAAGAUCUUCUCGCAGAUCCAGAUAAAAGACCAUCCAAGGGACUUAACAUCAGGCAGUCUAAGGUGAGAGGGGUCUAUGUUCAAAAUCUCUCCCAGCAUCCAGUUCCAAGCUUCGAAGCUAUUGAGAAAAUCAUGGAGGAGGGUAACAAAAACAGAUCUAUUGGAUCAACAGAAAUGAACAAAACUUCUUCACGAGCACAUACUAUCAUCACUCUUUCUUUCAAACAAUUUGAAAUUAUUGACGGGAAAACUACCGAAAGAUUCUCCAAUAUAAAUCUGGUCGACUUGGCUGGAUCUGAGAGAGCCAAGAGUACCAAGGCUACCAAAGAGAGGCUCAAAGAAGGAUGUAACAUCAAUCUCAGUCUUACCGUUCUCGGACAGGUCAUCAACGUGCUUGCUGAGAAAUCCAUGGGGAAUAAGAAGAAUGCAGUGGUUCCAUACAGAGAAUCAGCUCUGACCAGGAUUCUCUCGAAUGCUUUGGGAGGUAACUCGAAGACUAUUAUGAUCUGCGCCAUCUCUCCAGCUGAGCUUAACUAUGACGAAAGUUUGAACACCCUGAAAUAUGCUGAGAGAGCUAAGAAAGUCAAGAACGUAGCUGUAGUGAAUGAAAGCGCUCAAGACAAAAUGAUCAGAGAACUCAGAGAAGAGAAUGACAAACUCAAAAAGCUCCUUAUGGCUGCAACACAAGGUGGUGCUAUUGACAUGAACGAUCCAGAUUUCUUAGCUCGUCUUGGAGCAUUUGGAAUUGAAUCCAAGCCAGGAACCAACAACCCAGAAGAAGAGAUUAAGGAAAAACUUGAAGAUAAUGAAAAAGAGGUGAAGAAUAUGGAGAUUUCAUGGAAAGAUAAGCUUGAAGAAGAGAAGAAAUGGGAGAAUGAAAGAGAAGUUCAAGACAAAACUCUUCCUCAUUUAACUAACCUGAACGAGGAUCCUCAACUUUCAGGGAUGCUUUAUUAUAACCUCUUGGAGUCUCCCAUUCAUGUCGGAAGGAAAACAGGAAAUCCUAAGCCAACUAUCACUAUUGGAGGAAUAGGCAUUUUGCCAAACCAUUGUGUCUUUGAGAUGGAGCCAAAAGAACUCCCAAAGGAGGAGGCUAAGGAAGAAUCCCAAGAAGAGGAAAAAGAGCCAGAUGAAUCUGAGGGAAAUGCAGAGUCUCCAGAAACUCCAGAAACCCCAUCUGAGGAAAAAGUCCUUCCAAAGUUCUACCUCCGCCCUUGUGCAGAAGAAGCAUGUGACUCGAUCUUCGUCAAUGGUGAGAAUCUUAACGAAGAGGGUGUGUUACUAAACCAUAAUGACAGGAUUAUUUUCGGUAACAACACUGUAUUCCUGUUCAAAUACCCUGAGCUCCACAAGCAACUCACAGGUGAAGAUGUAGUAAGCAAGGCUUCAUCUCUUGAAGAAGAGAAAAUCCCUGAAGAAGAAAAAGGUGACUCUAAAGAAAUCGACUGGGAAUUCGUCCUGAACGAAAAGAUGUCCAAAGCUGACAAAAUCCGUAAAGAAGAGCAAGAGCGUGAAGAAAAGGCUAAGAUGGAAGAACACCAAAAAAAAGUGGCCGCAGAGAAGAAACACAUGGAAGACGAAAUGAAGAAGAAGCAGGAAGAAAUGGAAGACAAAAUGAGAGAACUAGAAAAACAAAUGCUUGUUGCCGAAGAAGAGAAAAGACAGCAAUAUGAGAAGGAACUAGAGGACGCAGAGAGACUAAUGAUCGAGAAGAUCGAAGCAAUGGAGAAGGAAAGAAUAGAACGGGAGAAACAACAACAAAAGGAACUUGAAGACCAAGAAGUUAUCAUAAAGGAAAGGCAGAAGGAGAACGAGACACUAGAGACUAAGUUGUCUCAGCUGAUGCCAUUGAUAAAUGAAGCUAACCUCUGAGCGAAAGAAUUUAAUAAAAAUGUUAUCUUUGAGACUAAGUUGAUUAGUGUCAUUCCUGAGGAUAUCAACAAGAGCCCAAUCGAAAUGCUUAAAAAUAGGAAAGUUGAAAUUCAUGUCAAGGUUGAGAAUAAAGACAGAGGCGAUGUCUAUCUUUGGGACAUGGAAACCUUCAUGGAUAGACUUCUUGUGAUCAGAGAGUGUGUUCAUAACUAUUUCGAUACAAAUAUUGUUCCAUCAAUGGAAGGAAAGGAUGACCCAUUCUGGGAUCCCCCUCAACCUCAGCUUAUUGGACAAGGGUAUUAUAAGCUCGAGCCUCUGGCUUAUCUAAUUGAUAAUCCCCAUACUGUUAGUCUUAUCGGAAGCGAUCAGAAAGGAUUAGUAGGUAAAAUGGAAGUAAAUAUUCUACCAACUGACGAAACUGGAUGGGAUGAUCCUCCAGAAGACUUAAUCCCAUACCAGCCUGAAGAUCUUAUUGACAAAAGGAUUGACUUUGCUGUCAUAAUUGAAAGGGCUAUUGACCUCCCAGCCAAUUUCUGAAGAGACGUCUAUUGUGAAUACAGUUUCUACUUGGAUGAUCAGACAUAUGCCACCCCUGUGAUUCCAGGAAAGCAUCAAUCACCUGUUUUUGACUACAGAUUCCAUCAUAACUUAAUGAUAACAGAGUCCACCAUAAAAUACCUAAAGAACAAUGCUAUCUGCUUCAAAGUGUUUGGAAGCCCAGAUAAUGAGCAUAGGCCAUACUUUGAGCCUGAUAGUGGAGAAGGGUCCACUUUCCAAGCCUCUGAAGAAUCUAAAGAAAUAGACACUACAGCUGGGGAAGCUCCUUCUGAAGACUUCUCCCUUAAAGACAACUUUGUGAAUAACAUCAGCUCAGAAAACGAAAACGAAAACAAAUCUUAUGAAGAAAAGAGCAAAGUCAAGAAUUAUCAAGAGCCAGAGCAAGAAGAUGUUGAUCUUGCCAGAGCUGACGAAGAGCCUCAUGAAGAGCUUGAACCUCAAGCUGAAGAACCAGAAGAGGAUGCCCCGAAACGUAUUGAAGGCAACAAUGCAAACUUUGAUGAGAUGUUUAUCUACGGAGGUCAACCAAAUGUUGAUGCAGACGGUGACGAUUUUGGAUCAAGGACUUAUUCCCAAAGUGUCUACCAACAACCAAAAGCCUUAAUCUCAGAUCAUGAGAAGGCAGAAUAUAUUGCUAGUCAUCCUAGAGAUGACCAUUUCAUUGACUCGACCUCGGCUGGUAGUGGAAAGAAGGGCAAGAAAGGAAAGAAAGAGAAGAAAGGCAAGAAAGGUAAAAAGGAUAAAGACUGUGUUAUAUUCUAA